AUGAGACUUGGGAAGCCACGCAAGAACAGGAAUCUUGACGGUUCCAUCAAGCGCGAGAUCUCACCAGCGGGCUCUUACGUCCCUCUUGGAGCUAGAAUGGAUCUACUCCCACGCGCCGCAUUAUACAAGUAUGAAAGCUCUCCAGAACCGACAGAUCCCUUUUACUUCGGUCCCCGUACUCCAGAGUAUCACUAUCAAGACGCAUUCAUCGGCGACACGUUCAGUAGUAGUCACUCUUCCGUGGGCUCCGAAGGUGUCAACUCGCGUGUCAACACCUGGCCAAACGAUGAACAGAUGAUGUAUACAAACAACACAGAGAUGUUUGCUCCAGUACCACAGUAUCCUCCGCCAUCCACGGCUUUCCAUGGACACGUUCACGUUCGGUCGACUAGUAUUUCUAGUCAGCCUGACAUGGUCACAUCGCUGGAGCGAACUCAGACCCCAGCAGCUAUCAGCCAUCAGUUUCUUGGCAUGCCUGUCUCGCAUGAUACACAGCAGGAAAAGAUCAUGGCUUCUCCACCCCCCAUGGCAUCAGCGCCUUUACCGACACCACCCGAUUCCAACAUUCUCCUGAGGCAUGACUGUACUCAGUUCGCGUUCCAAAUUCUUUGCAGCUUGUAUGUCCCACCUGAGAACCAGUCUACUGCUGGUGACUUCAGUUCGCUCGACGGUCUCCCCGCUUCAGGGUCUGUACUCCCAACCAACAUAGCCGCCGUCGACAACCUUUACACACUCUUGAACUGCGAUUGCUCAUCGAAUCCCCACUUCUCAGCUACAGUCAACCUGGCUAUUAUGAAGAUACUUUCCUGGUAUCAAGCGAUGGCAGGUGGAGAUCUGCAAGGCGAUAGCUAUUCCAUCGAAACUUACAUGAAGACACUGUCGUACCAGCAGAGUUUGCGCGGUGCCUUGGACUCUGAGCACGAGCAGGUCUAUCAAACCAACCUUAUCCUUGCCGAGCUCUGCAGGAUUGAGAAGCUUGUCGACAAGUUCUCUGAGCGAUACUGCAACGUUACCAGCACAGCCGAGACAGGCAUUGAUUGCGGUGUGUAUGUGGCUAUGGAGGCCUCGCUUCGAACCCGCGUCCGCGAUACCUUCAAGAUAACCAUGUCGGUCGCUCCGGAGAACGUCAAGCGUCAGAUGGCAUCACGAACACAGGGCCGUCUGCGUGUCCAUACGGUGUAG